AUGAAGCGCCAAGCGGAAAAACAGAUUCGCAGGGAGGACGGCGACGAUGGAUCCGAUGACGACUCGCCGUCUUCACAAUCUUCCAUGCCAGCCACGCCCGCUGCCGGACGUGUCAUUCGGGGGCUUCCCAAACGAAGGGGCACUCCCGGAACACCAGGAGCUCCCGCGGCUGGUUCGUCCAUGUUUGGCGCUGCGCAGUCCUCGUCACCUUUCGGUGCAUCCGCCGGUGGCGCCAACCCCUUCGCAAGCCUUGGUGGAGGCGCUGGAUUCGGCAGCGCAACCUCUUCAGCGAGUCCAGCGCCAGCUGCCGCUGCGCCACCACCAACGUUCAGCUUCGGCGCUUCGACCGGUGCCAGCACGAACGCCUCUCAACCACCCGCAAAGGCCAAUCCGUUCGGCGGAUUCACUGGCUUUGGUGCCGCUAAGCCUGCCGCCUCGUCGACGAGCGCAACGACUGCAUCGACAGCUGCCACCUCUUCGCCAUCCUUCUCCUUCGCUCCGUCAGCUGCCUCCCCAUCUUCGUCUCCAGCCGCUCCCGCCUCAACGACGCCCUCAAAGACUUCCAACUUCAUUGCCGGCAUCGUCGGCGGCUCGUCUACGUCUUCUGCUGCACCAGCAUCGACCUCUGCGGCCAACGGCGCUUCCGGCUCCGACUCUUCUGCAGCCAAAGAGAGGCUCAGAUCCCUUCGUGGUCUGAACCUCUCGUUCCAGACGACUUUGGCCCAGAAGAUCAAGGAACAGCUCGACGCCGACCCUUUCGCCGACCUUUCCAGCCUCAUUGACUCCUUCAAGGAUCAGUACCGCAAGCAUCGAGAAGGAGCAGACAAGAAGCCCGCCUCCGCGCUCUCCGCAGGUGCCCCGUCGUUCCAGCCUUCGAGCAAUGGCACGUCUGCCAACACCGCGGCACCAUCGUCUUCGCCAGCUUCCUCCUCUUCUCUGCCGAGCUUCAGCUUUGGCAAACCUGCAGAGACGCCAAAAUCCGCGGCGACGACGGCUGCAGCUCCUGCUACUACUCCGUCCUUCUCAUUCGGCUCGAGCAGCACCGCCGCCAAGCCAGCCACCUCCGGCUUCUCCUUCUCGCCGCUGCCGUCGUCGACCUCCACAAAGCCGUCCGGCAGCACACCCUCGGCAUUCUCGUUUGGAUCUUCGAUCACAUCGAGCAAGCCCGCAGCAGCAGACUCCACACAGGCCGCUAGCGAUCACGCAGAAGACGAGGACGAGGACGAUGAAGGCGAGGAUGAAGAUGAGGACGACGAGGACCAAGACGACGAAGAGGACGAAGAGGAUGAUGACGAGGAGGAGGAUGAGAUCGACGAGGAGGACGAUAAAGAAGACGACGAAGACGACAACGAUGAUGACGAUGUCGAGGUGGUGGAGACCGCUUCCAGAUCGGCCGGCGCGUCGGCAUCAGGCUCAGCCGCCAAGCCGCCGUCGUUCUCGCUCCCUAGCGGUGGUUUCUCGUUCGGCGGCAAGCCGCUCAGCACCUCUUCGGCCGAUGAGGACAAGGGCAAGGCCGACGCAGCACGCAACAUGCCUGGUGCGCCCAAGCUAGACCUUCCCACCAACUCGGGUGGCUUCUCGUUUGGCGGCAAGCCGGUCAACUUUGCUGCCAGCAAGCCGAAGGAUUCGGCACCCCCUGCGACGACAGCCGCUCCUUCCCUCUCGUUCGGCAAAGCCACCGACUCUGCCGCGCCCGCUGCCCCAGCUGCCAAGACUGCGCCCAGCUUUUCUUUCGGCAGCGGCAUCUCUUCUAGCUCGUCCAAGGAAGCGGCUCCCGCUUUUGGCGGGUUUGGAUCGUCUGCAGCGAGCAACUCGACAUCGACCUCGACAAAGACGCCUGCCUUCUCGUUUGGAACAGCUACAGGAAGCAAGCCAGCAGGCGCUUUUGGAUCGUCCUUCGGCACGCAAUCGUCCAGCUCGAACGCAGCACCCACCUUCUCGUUCGGCGCUUCUUCGCCAUCGGGCACGUCGAGCAACUUUGCCAACCUCUCGGCAUCCACCGCGUCCAAGCCGGGCGCAUUCUCGUUUGGAUCCCAGGCGAUCAAGUUUGGCGAUGCCAAGAACGACGCGCAGAAGAAAGACGACAAGGAUAAGUGA